AUGCACGGGACCGAUGCAGAUUUCUGCAGGAUGGUAAGCGACCGUACCGGGGCAAUUGUCCUCGAUGGUGGUUAUGCCAAGGGCCCCGAGAAUCCGUUUCCGGCGGCACCCAACGAUGUCAAGGACAUAGUUGAAUAUGUAUUAGCAAAUGCUGAGGGCUACUUCGACACUAACCGAAUCACUAUCGGUGGAUUUUCGGCGGGAGGAGCGUUGGCUAUUACCGUGAAUAGUAUGUUACCCAAAGGCACUAUAAAGGGAAUUAUUUCUAUUUAUCCUAGCGUUGAGGUGUCCCUCAAGUACGCCAUCGAACACCCACCAGUUAUGUCGGACGGCAACGUAAAUUCGUUCCCCUCCGAUUUUAUCACUUUGGCUCGAGACAGCUACGUGCCUCCCGGCACAGAUCUGAAAGACCCACGGCUCUCGCCCGUCAACGUUCCUGCUUCGUUCCUGCCAGAGCAUAUCUUACUCAUAACAUGUGAGGAGGACGCCUUGCGUGACGAAGCUUUAGAGUACGGAAAGAAACUCAAGGCUGAGGGUUUAAAGGUUGUGAUGAAGGAUCUCAAGAAAAUAGUGCACUACUGGGAUAAGUGGGCCAAAAUCGGGGAUGAAACUACCACUGGAACUGCUAAGCUUGAGGCGUAUCAGGCCGCAGUAGAUAUGUUAAACUUAGUCUUCAAGUCCUAUUGA